GCUAGCUCGGACACACUCGACAUUACGGUUCAGUAAAAUCUGCCGUCCCAAUGGCCUUCAACGAUCGCUCCCGCAAGCGCUUCAUGCGCCUACCGCGUCGCAUGGCGGGCGCCGCCGCUGUCUGCGCCGCUGCUGCGGCCUGCAGCGGCUACACGCAGGAAACAGCGCGCCUUGAUGCUGCGCGUCGACCCAUGGGCAUGGGUAUGGGCAGCUCCCUCAUGGUACCACACGCCGUGACAACCGCACUCAAGCAGCAGCGCGCAAGUGAGCGCCACAUGGACUCAUGGCGCCUAACACGCAGUCGCUUGCAACAGGAUUACGACCUUGAGGGCGUCAUUGGCGAAGGUGGCUUCGGUCUUGUGCACGUAGGACGCCACCGCGCCUCCAAUGCCCGCGUUGCCAUUAAGCGUGUAUCGAAACAACUCACGACAAAGGAAAACUUCAUGCAGGAGGUGGAUAUCCUUAAGCAAGUUGGCGGUACACACAACGUGCUGGAAAUGCGCGAAGCCUUCGAGACUUCGGACGCCUAUGUACUGCUCACGGAACUGGUGCAGGGCGGAGAAUUGUACGAUGAUCUGGUGGCAAAUGGCGUCUUCGGAGAAGAACGAGCCAAGGACCUCGUGCGGGAACUGGCUGUGACACUUGAGUACUUGCACUCGAAGCGCGUGAUGAAGCUCAUUGACUUUGGACAGUCGUUUCGUCUUCACGAUAGUAAUGGCCACAAGAUGGAUGUGUGCACGACGGCAUACGCGUCGCCUGAGGUCAUGGGACACCAGGAUUCCGGCUGUGCCAUGGACGUCUGGGCGCUUGGCGUCGUACUGUACAUUGUGCUCUGUGGCACUCACCCGUUCGACCCCACGGACGAUGCAACGGACGAUGAACUGCAGCAGCGGAUUCUUAAGGGAGAAUUCGACUGCGAGUCGGUGGGCUGGGUCUGCAUGUCCGACAGUGCACGCGACCUCAUCCGCCGCAUGUUGACGGUGGACCCGGAGAAACGAAUCAGCGCGUCGCAAGUGCUUCAGCACGAGUGGAUUACCACUUUGUGAAUUACUUUAUAAUUUUUGCAACGUGCAACUGAAGAAGAUGGCCCCGGCGCUGCCUGGCAUUGCUACAGUUUUGAGCCGAGUCAAAUUUUAGACACACUUAGAAGAGCUGAGCAUAGAAUUCGUAUUAAUUUAUCUAAUCUGCAACCUCAACCAUUAGAUUUUCAA